GACAUGGGACAGGGAAAUGAGUCUACUAUCUCUGUAUUCCUCCUUCGGGGGAUUUCCCUUCAGCCAGAGCACCAGCAGAUUCUUUUUGGAGUCUUUCUAUUCAUGUAUCUGGUGACCAUUAUUGGAAACCUGCUCAUAUUCCUGGCCAUUAUCUCUGAGGCUCGUCUCCACACCCCCAUGUACUUUUCCCUAGCCUGCCUCUCUUUAGCUGAUAUUGGCUUAUCUUCUACCACUGUCCUGAAGAUGCUAGUGAAUAUGUAUACCCAAUGUCACACUAUUUCCUACAUAGGGUGCCUAACACAGCUAUAUUUUUUCCUGACUUUUGGUGAUCUAGACAGCUUUUUGCUGGCUGUGAUGGCAUAUGACCGGUAUGUAGCCAUCUGUCGCCCUCUCCACUAUACCACAGCCAUGAGCCCCAGGCUCUGUGUCCUUCUUGUGGGUGUGUCUUGGAUUCUCACUAAUCUUGUUGCCCUGACUCAUACACUUCUUAUGGCCCAUCUCUCUUUCUGUGUGAUAGGGGAAGUGUCUCAAUUUUUCUGUGAUAUUGGCCCCCUCCUGAAACUAUCCUGUUCUGACACUCAUAUAAAUGAAUUGAUGGUUUUUGCUGUUGGUGGCCCAGUUAUGACAAUCCCUUUCUUAUGUAUUGUGGCAUCCUACAUCCACAUUGUCUCAGCCAUUUUCAGGAUCCCCUCAGGGAGUGGGGGAAGACACAAAGCCUUCUCUACUUGUGGUUCCCACCUCUCUGUAGUUUGUGUAUUUUAUAGAACUGUUUUGAGCGCUUAUUUCUGUCCCACAUCAGUAUACUCAACUGAGGAGACAGCAUCAUCUGUGGUCUACACAGUAGUCACUCCAAUGUUGAACCCUUUCCUGUAUAGCCUGAGGAAUCGGGAUAUGAAGGCUGCUCUCAUAAGUCUUCUAAGAGAUAGGCUACUUGUUUCCCAGGCUCAAUAA